CAACUCACAUUCGCACCCAAAAUUACGACGAAGGUCGAUGGUCCUUGAUAAUAGGCGCGCAUCCAGAAGGGAAUUGACAGACGAUGAAUUGCUGGAUCAAGCGAUAGCGCAGUCCCUCGCAUUGCAAGAACAACAGGGAGCAGAGAGACGGCGAGCAGCUGCAGCUCCGCGAGAUCACCCCGAAGCCGAAGGAGCCCUUGUUCUUCAUGAAUAUGAACAGGCUUUAGGAGACGCAACCGGCACACCCGAUGGACAAACACAACUGUAGGGGCAGAAUAUUCUAAUCCAGCGUCCGCUACCAAUUAGCGCUUGUUCUCCGACCAGACGAUGGCUUACCAUCUGCUCCGCCACCCUUGUCCCUUGACAGUAUCAUGUGCGUGGCGAUCUCACGGUACGAACCUUUCGACUUGGACCAGGGUCUAGUUGCAUGUAUGCAAGCAAUGCAUCAAGUGUUUUCGCAGCAACAUACAGGCAUGGGUGGUCUCCAAUUGUGCGGUCAUAUAAUGUAACAGAGCUUUGUUUCGCUGAUCAAGGCUGCCAUCCUCGAAGGGAACAGAACUUUUGAUAUCGUCUUGCAACAGGAACACGAUGUGCGGCUACCCAAUCCCACUGUUGUGGAUCGUGAUGCGGUCGCAACGAUGUUGUCUCAUUUGUACUCCGAUAAUGGAACAGCCAAUGACGGCUCUUCCAGAGCUAUGAUGAUAUCACACGGCGACUGCUACGUUGCCGUGUUUUUACUCACUUCCAACACGCCCAACUCGACCAAGAUCUGGAUAGCUUUUGAUGCACAAGCCGGUUCUCUCCCCGACCUAACACUUUAUGGACUCAGCAUCCCACUCAUGCUCUUUCCCAGUGACGGAGAAGCCAUUGAUUACCUCUGGCAGUUAUUGCGUGGCAUGUCUACGAACGACGUUUCAAUCAGAGGUCACAUCUUCGCCCCGUCUGGAGAGGAAACCCCCCUUGAAUUGGACUACCCAGAGUUUUUUCAAAUAGAGGAGCCGGUAGAACCUGAAGUGCCAGAUCCUACAACAUUCCGCUGUGGGAUUUGUAUGGAAGAUGAACAAGUCACGGACCGUAUCCGCCUGAACUGUGCGCACGAGUUUUGUACCAGCUCGUUGCAAGGGGUUGUCUCUAGUCGCGUGGAGGAAGGUCUGCUGCCCAUCCCUUGCCCUACAUGUUUGGCAGAGGAUACAGAUACGUCAAAUUAUAUGACACGUGACUUCUGCCAGAGAUUGGAUCUUCCUGACCGGGUCGCAGACCCAUGGGAAAGACUCGAGGUAGAAGAAUUCGGUGUGAUGAUAUCAUGCCGCAGGUGCGGAGAAAGCGGGAUGAUCGAUCGCGAGGAAUUUCUUGCAGUCGAUUAUGUCUCCUGUCCGUUUGGAGGUUGCAUAUACCGGUGGUGCCGACACUGCGAUCAGCCAGCAGGCCUAUUCAUUCGUAUAAAACGGGCCGAUGCUGCGGAUAGGUACAGCAGAAUUAGCCAAGCAAUGGAGGAGUUUGGAUGGGAGAUUUGCCCUGGAGGAUGUGGGACGAGAAUCGAGAAAACCGUAGGGUGUUACCACAUGACCUGCCCGGCUCCUGGAUGUCACAGACAUUUUUGUUAUCGGGAUGGCGCGCUGAUCGUUCGUUCGGAAGACCGUAACGCGGCGCUCGAAGCUGUGCGAGCACAUUACCGCAAUUGCCAACAAUUUAAUUAGAUUUAC